AUUAAGGACAUUAAGAGGAGUCUACAGAAGUUUGAAGACUUUUCUAGACCUACCAUGGCCUGUGGGUGUGCCUAAGUGGUGUUCUAAAGGUUGGAUGUGUCUUCCGCUAAGGGGAAACUCUGCCGAAAUUUCGUGGACGCCGACACGUGUGAAAAUAUCGAGGGAGCUGAGUGUGGACAGCAAAGGGGAGCUGAAAUUCGUCAUUUCUCAAGGAGAAGAUGAAUGAGAGAGGAGGAGAUGCUAAUGGAAGAGGAGCUGUACCUGAGAAGACAAGUGAGCAGCCGCCAUCAAAAGUUGAAGCUUUGGAUGGCUCCAACUAUGAGGAAUGGAGCGGGCGGAUGAGGAGUGCCUUCAAACGCUACAAGCUACUGAAGAUUGCUGUUGGGGAGGAGAAGAUGCCGGAAGAAGGCGAAGCACGUGAGCGGUGGAUUGAGAAAAGCGCGGUGCUUUUUGACCUCAUCCUUCAAUCGGUCAACAAGGAGAUGUUCGAGCACAUCAAGGAUCUUCAAGAUCAAUGGACACCUGAGUGGCUAAGGCAGCAGAUUUUGCAGGAGGACUUCCGCAGACGCCAUGUGGGAGGCGGUGCUGCCACUAAGACUGCUGAGGGGUAUGAGGAUGUGCAUGGGCAUGGGAGUUCUGGUGGUAGGGGGAGUACCAGAAUGGAGGGCACCUGCAGGUACUGCAAGAAGGGUGAUGUGGGAUCUGUAGGAAAGGUUGUGAUGCACCCUCUCACGCACUGGGUGAUUGAUUCAGGUUGCACCAGUCACAUGACCCCACGGGCAGAUAUGCUUGAUGAGGUAAAACCCCCUGGAAAGAUUAAGUAUGUGGCAGCAGCGUCAGGUGUUUUGCUCCCUGUGAUUGGUGUUGGGAAUGCCAAGGUUAAGGGAGCUAAUGGGGAGCUUGUGGGGCUUGGGAAUGUUCUGCUGGUUGAAGGUUUGUGUGCUAACCUUCUCUCUGUGCGGCGACUGCAGAAGAGCAAGGCCGAAGUGACCUUUGGACCAACCAGCUGCCGUGCUAAGCUUGGGAAGAAGGUGCUGUGGAGUCUGAAAGAGGAGACCAGCUGCAUCAAGGACCUGUGGCAGCUGCCCAUCAUCCUUUGGAAUGGGCAAAAUCCAACAGCAGUAACGGCAACAGCGGCAAAGGCAACAGCAGGAGGAGAUGCAACUGCACCAACUGAUGGGGUCCUGGAAGCAGUUAAGAAAGUGCAGCAGCAGCAGACACAUGGUGAGGUGCUUGCUGGUGUGGAUGCGAGUGCGGCAUGGGCUAAGGCUUCAUCAAGGGGUGGAGAGGCCGAUUGGGAGACAUGGCAUGAGAGGCUGUGUCAUGUGAACUUCCCUAUGCUGCAGAAAUUGGUGAAGGACGGGAGCCUGAAGGGCUUGGAGGUCAAGGGAGGAGUGAAGGAGAUUGGGAGCUGCCCUACAUGCUUGGAGACCAAGUUCUCCAAGUUCCCCUUCAACAGCACUACAGGACCAGCCAAGACCCCACUUGCACUUGUGCACAUGGAUGUGGUGGGGCCCACAAGAGCCCCUUCCCUCUCAGGCAGCCGCUAUUUCUUGACAAUUGUGGAUGACCACACUCGGGCAGUGUGGGUUUACCCUUUGAAGAGCAAAGGGGAGGUGGCAGCGGCUGUCCUUAAGGAGUGGAUGCCUAGAGCUCAGAGGGAAUGCGGACACAAGGUGAAGGUGAUCCGCAGUGAUAAUGGUGGGGAGUUCAUUGGAGCUGAUUUUGAGGGGGAGUUGAAGAGGAAGGGGAUCCAACAUCAAUUGACAGUGCCCUACAACCCGCAGCAGAAUGGCGUUGCUGAGAGGUUCAACAGGACCCUGUAGGAGGGGGCACGCACUCUCCUU